ACAUCUAAGGAAACAAAUUACGCAUAAAUUACAUGUCUAGUAUCCAAGUGUUAAUAAACUCGCAUGUUUAGUAUUCCCAGUACUCUUGAUUUAAGUGAAACAACUGAUUUGAAAAAAAAAAAACAUACAACCAAGCAAAUUUGUUUAAGCUAAAUUUGCAGGGGUAAAGAAAUGAUAGUAGGAGUGGAAUAUUUGUUUGAAAUUUGGUGAUGUUCAUCCCCUUCCACUCCAUUCUUUCUCAACUCUCAAAGCUGAAGCUUACCAUCUCAAGAACCAAAGAACUUCAUGCUUUCAUAAUCAAGACUCAUCUAUCACACGACCCAUUUUACGCUACAAGAAUUCUAAGGUUCUAUGCUGUAAACAACGACAUCAUUUCUGCUCGCAACUUGUUUGAUAAAACUCCUCAACGAAGUAUUUACCUCUGGAACUCCUUAAUUCGUGCUUAUGCUAAAGCCCACAAAUUUAAAGAUGCAUUUUCGUUGUUUAAAGACAUGCUUAGCUCUGAAAUAAAGCCUGAUAACUUUACUUUUGCUUGCCUUAUUCGAGCCAGUUAUGAGAAUUAUGAUGUGCAUAGUUUGAGAGUUUUACAUGGUGCUGUUGUUCUCAAUGGAUUGCAGUGGGACUUCAUCUGUAGUAGCCAAUUGGUAAGUGCUUAUUCAAGAUUAGGCUGUAUAGUUGAUGCAAGCAAGGUGUUUUAUGGGAUAACUGAGCCAGAUUUGGUCCUAUGGAAUUCAAUGAUAUCAGGUUAUGGGUGUCUUGGAGAGUUGGAGAAGGGGUUAGAAUUGUUUAGUAGAAUGCAGAUAAUGGGUGUGAGGCCUGAUGAAUAUACAAUGGUGGGCCUGAUUAUAAGUAUAUAUGAUGUUUGUGUGCUGAAAAUAGGUGAAGUAAUACAUGGAUUUUGUUUAAAACUUGGUGUAGAGUCAAAAGAUCAUGUAAGUAGUCUACUUGUUAGUAUGUAUUGUAGAGUUAAAUGUAUGGAUUCGGCGUUUAGAGUCUUUGAUAGCGUUGUAGAACCUGAUUUAGUUACAUGGUCUGCUUUAAUAAGCGGUGUUUCGCUGUGUGGGAAUAGCGUCAAGGCCUUGUAUUUAUUUAGAGAAAUGAAUAUGAAAGGCGGGAAGGCAGAUGCAUCGCUUAUAGCCACUGUGCUGACUGCUUGUUCUCAAUUGGCAACUGUGCAGCCAGGCAGUGAGAUACAUGGUUAUGCUUUUCGACAUGGAUAUCAGUUCGAGGUUAUGGUCUCCUCUGCUCUAGUUGACAUGUACUCAAAAUGUGGAUUCUUGGAAAUGGGAUAUCAAGUUUAUAAGACUAUGACUUUCAAGAAUAUUGUGUCAUACAAUUCAAUUAUUUCAUGUCUUGGUUUAUAUGGACUUGCAUCUCAGGCCUUUCAGAUAUUCGAGAAAGCAUUGGAGGAAGGGCACAAACCAGAUGAAACUACUUUUUCUGCACUCCUUUGUGCAUGUUGCCAUGCUGGUCUUGUCAAUGAUGGCCGAGAAUAUUUCAGAAGAAUGAAAGAUCAAUUUGGCAUCUCAGCUAAUACCGAACAUUAUGUUUACAUGGUAAAGCUUCUUGGAAUGGAAGGACAAUUGAGAGAAGCUUAUGAACUUGUCCAGUCUCUGGAAGAACCAGUUGACUCUGGCAUUUGGGGUGCACUUUUGUCAUGCUGUGAUGCUCAUAGAAAUUAUGAGUUGGCAGAUAUUGUAGCUUAUCAUCUAUUUGGUAAUAAGCUAGAGAAUAGUAGUUACAGAGUUAUGCUUUCAAAGAUGUAUGCUAGUGAUGGGAGAUGGGAUUUGGUAAAUAAGUUAAGAGUAGAUUCUGGAUCGACAAAGUUAAAACUUCCUGGAAAAAGCUGGAUUACUAGUAAAAAUGCAUUCUUGUAAGAGGAAUUCUUGAGAUGUCUUUUUCUACACCUUUUCACGAGUUCACUUUGUUGAAUCUAGGAUCAGAAACUGCAAGAGGAGGUAGGAUUUAUCAAAUUUCCUCAUCAUCAAAGCAAUUUCUAUCAUGUAAUUCCAUAACAAAUGGAAAAAGAAGAUGAGUUUGAUCCAAUUUGCACUCAAGUUUAAUGAUUAUAUUGAGUUAUAGAAGGUUCA